CCAGUCUCUGUGUCCUCCAGCCAUGGGUACAGCGGUUUAGGGGGGCGCCGCACACGGACAGACCCAGAGGGGCGCCAUCAAAAGACACCAUCACAUCAAGAGGAAGAAAUCGUUGGUUUCAUCUCGAAGGGGAGGCUGUGGCGGUGUGACCAACUGCUUGAGGGGAAAAUCUGUCAUCUUGGGGAAAAGGAAUAUCUCUUUUAUUCCAUAUUUCAUUAAUCAUCACUUUUCUCAUAUUUUCUCCAUGGUAUUGCUGCACUGAUUUGGAUUAUAAAGACUCUUUUUGGGACAACUUCAGCAACCAAGUGCAAGCUUUUGGAUUAUCCUCUGAGGUCGACUGUGUCCUUUACCAUCCCAGGGAUCUACCUGCUUAUCCCCUUCACCUGGAACAAAUUAGAUGAGCUCAACCUGCUAAUAACUCUCCAAACAACGAGCGAAAGGCCUGCACUGACCACUGACCAUUCCAGCAGCACAAUUCGUGCAACACUGAAACCAACUUCUUCAGGGAGCCAUGGCGCUGUUGAAGAUGAAGUUCACCCAGCAGAGGCGGGUGCGUCUGGCCCAGGGUCUGUGGCUGCUGUCCUGGCUGGCAGUCAUGUGUGGGGCCUUCAUCUUCUGUCUGGGGGUUUACCUUAAGACAGAGCUGCUUCGUAGGGCUGAGGUGAUGGACAACACAGAGAUCCAUGUGGUGCCCAACAUCCUGAUGAUGGUGGGUCUGGCCUCCAUCGGCACCAACUGGGUUGCCAGUCGUGUUUGCCAGGACUCCUUGGACGCGAGCCGCUUCCCCCGUUGGAAGGUUCUCCUGCUGGCCUGGUUUGCUGUAGCUGCGCUGCUCUGUUGUCUGCUUAUCGCUGUGGUGGUGCUCAGCUACGCCCUGCAAGGACGCCUGGAGGAGUCCCUGAAGGUGGGCCUGAGGAACGGUAUUCGAUUCUACAAGGACACAGAUGUACCCGGACGAUGUUUUCAGAAGGAGACCAUUGAUCAUCUGCAGAUGGAAUUCCGCUGUUGUGGCAACAACAACUUCAAGGACUGGUUCGAGGUGCAGUGGGUCAGCAACAGAUAUCUGGACUUCACCUCAAAGGAUGUCAAAGAUCGUAUUCGGAGUAACGUGGACGGGCGCUUCCUGUUGGAUGGCGUUCCUUUCAGCUGCUGUAACCCGGCCUCCCCUCGCCCCUGCCUGCAGUACCACCUGACAGAUAGCAGGGCCCACUACAACUAUGAGUACCAAUCAGAGGAGCUCAACUUGUACAGCCGUGGCUGCAGGCAGGCUCUGAUCGACUACUACAUGGACUUGAUGAACUCAACCGGCCCCGGUGUGCUGUCAGUCAUCCUAAUACAGAUGUCAGUGCUUCUGAGCCUGCGGUACCUGCAGACGGCCGUGGAAGGAGCCAUGGCUCUGGAGAACCCGGAGGGUGAAAGUGAGGGUUAUCUUUUGGAGAAGGAUGUGAAGCAAACCUUUGAGGAUUGCAAAGCCAAGGUCCUCGACAUGCUAAAGUUAGCGCAGGUUGAUGCUGCCGCCGCCGAAGUGUCUCCCGGGGCUGCAGACGCUGAGAAAACAGUUGAUAACACCACGGAGAAGGCGGCCUCCCCUACUCCUGCCAGCUAGAGGGGAAACAUGAUUUAAACAUCAGAUGAGGAGGAAGGGAUGCAGGAGGGGUAGAUGUAUCUGAGGUGUUUUUGGUUGUGUGAGUUGGUUGGCGGCAGGUGGGACGCCUGUUGGGUUUUGACACGUUAGACUUGAGUUAUAUUCCACCAGUGCAGCAGCUACAGCUCCCUCGCACAUGACCAAAACAGGGCAACACACUGGGAAUCUUAUCAGGCCCUGCACGGACACCAAAACAAACAUCUCCUCUGUGCAGGACCUCAUGAAAAUGUAACCAUCAGACAAUCUAUUGUGGAGAUGUGUAGAACUUUUUGUUGCGACUAGAAGAGAGUACAUUCAGUUUCAACAGGUGUAGCUUAAACAUACAAAGUCGUGUUUUGACAUUCUGACUCAAAUUUGGCAAAGCCCCAUCACAUGAUGCUAAAGUUCAUCCCAUGUGCACUGUAUUUUUCAUCUCAGAGCUGUAGAGUUUGUAGUAAACUGCAAUGAAAUGCUUAGGAACUUGUUAAACUGGCAACGCACAUGAAUAAUAUAUUAAAGGUAGACGUUUUUAACUGCUUUGUAGUGUCGGCCUCCUUUUGUACAUGUAAUAUAACAGAGGCGUGUUUAAACUGACAGUGGGUUAUCUGAGUUCAGCAAGGAGUGUUGGAUUAAGUGUGUGUGUUUUGCGUGCAUACGUGUGUGUGAGUGUGGUGCCCUAUAUGAAGCUGUCAUCGUGUCUAUUCUGGCAGCUCUGAAACAAUCUGAUAAUCCUGGUGUAGUUAAUCCCAGAACUGCUGCACAAGCAUUAUCAGCACACCCUGACAGCACACAGGAGCGCACUCCGUCACACAGCGGCAGAAACAGCACACUCAUACAACAUGUUGCAAGUUAUUUUCUAAAGCAGAACGGUUUUUAAAUGCUAUUUAUUUGCAAAGAAAUAAAUAUCAUGGUGAUCUGUCCUAGCUACAGGUAUAUCCCAUGUGUGCUCAUUCUUCUUGAAUAAAACUCUAUCACAGAACAAUUUCAA